AUGGUACCACCCCCCCAGCUGAUCUACGUGGAUCGGGACUGCUGCAACAGAGACGGCGUGUCAAAGACAGCUGCCUUGUUUCAGGAGUGGGGACAGCUUGUGGUGAGACUAGACAUCUGGCACCUGAUGCGACGUUUCGCAGCAGGUGUCACCACAGAGAGCCACGAGCUGUACCCCGCUUUCAUGAGGCAGCUGUCUCUGUGCAUCUUCGAGGUGGACCCCGGAGAUGCCCGCCGUCUCACUGAAGCCAAGCGGUCCCAGCUGGAGGGGAAGCACGGGAUGGUCGGCCUGACCGACGCCGAGGUGAUCCAGAAGAUCACCAGGGAGGAAUGGAGGCUCCACUGCCGUCGUCGGACGCGUGGGGCGGAGGAGACGGCGCUCCUGAUCCAGGACCUCCUCCAAACCUUCGGCGGUACGGCAGGACGCGACAACCUGGACAUCCCGUUGCUUGACCCUCUCCGCAUCCAGGACAUAUGGAGUACGCAGAGGCCCCACCUCAGCUGCAUACAGGACCCACCUGGCGUGCAGCUCUACACGCAGACCGGCAGGCUGACAAAGGGCGGAGUCAUCCUGCCGGUCUAUCGCUGCGCGAGGGGCUCCACAUCUUUGGAGUCCUUCCACCUCCACCUCAACCGGUUCAUCCCAGGGACCCAGGCGAGUGCCAAGCACUUCCAGGCGUUCCUGGUCGAUGGACUGGUGAGGUGGAAUGAGGACCGCGCAGCGGCAGCUGCGGGAGAGGUGGAGCCUCUGCACUCCUACAGUGGCCACCUCAAGCACGUCCUUAACCAGAAGAGCCAAAGGGUGCUUGGCCGUCAGCUGGUUAAGGACUUCACCAAGCCUGUCGAGUACACAGGGGAGCUCAUCGGGGUGGAGUUCCUGUACAGGCAGACAGGCAAAGUGCUUGAGGACGUCAGCUUGGACCCCGACAUUCCGGACGAGGCUGCUGCCAUCCAGUCGCUGGAGGAGGUGGACGAGGGUAUCGAGGAAGACGUGGAGGACCCGACCGUCUUCCAGCCAGAUACCCCCUCCACCGGCACAGCAGCCCAGUCGGGUGAUCCGGCUGACGCACCCAGGUCUGAGCCAUCCGGCCCGGCCGCCCCUCACCAACCUGACCCUCCCGAGGCCCCUGAGGCUCCUGCUCAGCAGUCCUCCUCAGACUCUGAGGAGGAGAUGCAGGGUCCUGAUGGCCAGCCAGGAUACCAACAUGUCCUGAAGCUGGCCAAGGCCCUGCUGGAAGCCAGGAGCCUUCAGGGGCUUUCUGACAAGAGGGUGGACAAACUCAUGGCCCUCUGGCAACGCCUGCCCGAGCCGGACAGGCGACGAGUCGUCUACCCUCCCAGACACCGGGAGAGGCAGCUGAAGGGGCGGUUCAAGACAGCGAAGGGGAAGAACACCUCCUGUCCUGGGAAGGAGAGUCUCCAACGCUGUCUUCUCGGGCUGAACUCGGGCCCUGCAACAUGGCCCAGCGCCAGCCGCCUGGUAGAGGCCAUUUGCAGCCAGCUCUGCCGUCUCCACCCCGCGGCCACGCGGUUCGGAGGGAUCACGAGGACUCGGUGGUCCCUCAUCCUCACGGACUACGUGGCCGUUAGAGAGGCAGUGCUGGCCAGCCCGAGGUUGAUGGCUCAGACCGAAAUACAGCUCUUUGAGCUCAACCAGAGGACCCUGUCCCAGUGGUUCUCUCGGCGCCAGAAAGAGAGGGGGGUGUCUGUGCUACUGCAGGGAACUGGCGUCGUCCCUGCAGUAGCUGUGGCUGUCCAGCCUCUCCUGCCAGCGAAAGGGCUGUCCUUUGUACAGGUGGGACAAGGACAGCCCUUCAAUUACAACAUCCCGGAGGUGCCGGGACCUUCAGGGGUGGGUCUGCCUGCCUCAUCUGGCCACAUCCCCCCUCCUCCUCCCCCCUCCUCCUCUUCAGACACUGGUCCCGGCUGUCCCUCUCACGGCUGCCCCUGCUGCUCAGCCUCCUCCUCUUCAUGUGCCCAGGACAACGGCCUACAGGAAGAGGAAGGCGGCGGAGGCUGAUGCUGCAAGGGGUGGGCCGCAGCCCGGGAGGAAAGCCCCCCAGCAGAGAGGUCCGUACACCUGCAGCAAGUGUGGCCAGGCCAAGAGGAUCGACACUGGCCACACUCGCAUUGCAGGUGUGUCUUACUGUGCGGCUGCCGGUGGGAAAACUGUGGAGGAAUGGCGGGAGAUGAAAAGACUCAAAAGGGACC